AUUUUUCGAAAACAUUAACGGCCUAUGAAUGUUAUAUUCCAUUAUAUGCGUAAAAUAUUAAUGAAAUAUAAAAAUGAAUGCUUUAAAUGAAAUGAGUGAUGAAGAGUUCGUGCCAUUCUUGCAUAGUUUAGGCGUUGAUACUUAUAAAAAGUCGUUUGAAUGGAUGUUGAACGAUCGGGAUUUUGCGGGAGUUUUACGUUGGCUUCAUAAUAAUUUGGAUCAUAAUAAUGCUUUGAGUGCCCGGGAGGAAUGUCGAUACAUAGAACUAGAAAAGAAAGGUCUUCUCCUUUCUACAGAGGAUCUAGAAUCUUCUAUAUCCGCCAUUCAAGAGCAGUAUGAAGGUAUUUGCUUACCGGGAGAUAAGGAUGGAAAAGAAGAUGUGGAAUUAGACAUCAAAAUGUUGCAAGAGAGGCUGCAUAUGUUGCAGAAACAGGAAUCUAUACUCAAUGACUUGAAGAGACAGAACAGGAGAAUGCAAGAAAAUUCUUUACCUUCGGUCCUUUUGAGACUUACAGACAGUCUCAGGCGUUAUUCCGCUCUCAUUUUGAUCUGUACACCAGUAAGAAGUUUGUUAAGAAAGCGAAUGAGACCUCUUCUGAUGAGGAACUCAGGCCGCGCGGCGCGCCUCGACCGCGUGGUGUACAGCGCGCUGCGCCGCGAGCUGCGCGCCCUCGAGGACACGCUGCACCUCGCCGCGCAACUCAUGCACUACGUCGAGGCUGAUAGCAGCGCUGUUGCGAGCCGGAUUAAUUCAAUGAACGAGAUAUGUUCAGAGCAAGAAUCCUGCGAGCUCAGACUUCAGUCUUCAGAUAUAUUACUGCAAGCAUUGCUGCACAUUGUCGGUCCGCAGGCGGGUGACGCCGGGGUACUAGUGAAGCUGUACAAUGAGAUGCUGCAACAGGUCAAAGAGUUGAAGGAUAAUGUCGAAGAUGGGUACAGAAAGAAAGAGAAUGCGGCGGUGGCUAUAACGGUGACAAGCAGAAUCUUCGGAAACUAUGGCAGUGGUUCUUAACUGACCCAGCUAGACUACUACACGCCUUGAAGAACGCCAAUACCAAGAUUUACUAAUGGAUGAAAAUAUCCUAGUACCUAACUGUUUUUAACUUAUUCUUUUUCAUAUUAUAUUACACCCAUGUAUAUCUGAUGUAUCCUACUUAUCUCUAUUAGCAAUAAGAGGCGUAUAUUCCUCAGAAAAUUUAUAAUCGUGUUCCUAAAUAAAAAUUAAAUAAACUAAGU